CAUCUCGCCGAAACAAGAAGGACCAUAUUUGCAUUUCUCUGCUCGCGGCACAAUCCAAUCAACUAUCCAACUGAACCAUCAUGUCGGGAACCAUCGAUCACAGCGUCAGCACCCUCAUUGCUCCCCUCCUCUCUACACAAGAUCUCUCAACCAGCGUCUCCCUCAUAUUUUGUCUCAUUUUGCUGUGGGGUGUCUCUUUGAGAGCGAAGGCGUGGUACGGAGCGAUCAAGAUGGUUUGCCAGCUUCUUAGUAUUUCGAUACCAGGUCAGCUCAACCUCCAACUCCAAGUAGGUCUCCUCUUCUCACGUGAAAAAGCAGAUUCCUUAUAUCAUUAGCAUUCGUUCUAGAACGACUCGGAGAAACUGGUCCCAAGCUGCUGGACAACGAUCAACAAGGCCCUUUGUUGGGUGGGAUAUCAAAGAGGCACGGU